GUCCGUUUUUCACACAGCGCCACACGCUGCCGCGGCACGUAUGACCAAGGUGCACAUUCUCCCUCCAACGAGGAAGGCGGCCAGCAGCGAUUCACGUCGCGCGUUUCGAGUGUCGUACCACACGGUGUCCGUGCUUCUCAACGUCGUAUUUGUCGUGAACCUCGCCAGCACACCGUUGCUCGCGUAUAUCUCGGAGCCAUUUCCGUGGAGCGAGUCGUGGCGGGCCCAGGACGACCCCCAGACCGCAGAAGCCCUCGAUUCCAUGCACACUUCGGUCAUGACGACGCUCCGAUCCGUCUACAACAACUUGACCAUGCCCGACGAUGUGGUGUGUUUGAACAACGACGCUACCAGCAGCCAUGUGGCUCGGCGCAUCCUCGCGAUUGUACCAGCAUCAGCGCUCGAGAAUGCGCCGUUCCAGCAAUUCAACAUCCUUGUGUCGUUCCCUGGGGCUAUAUUCUAUGGCGCGGGCAUACGCGAGUUCAUCUACGAUUUCCUUGCUGCCAACGACACGACGAGGCAGACAGCGCGAUGGUCUCGGUGCCAACAUGUCCGCUUUCUCACCAUCCUCAUGUCCGAGGCAUGCACGUGGAUCGAACCACACGUCGAGACCGCUGCGCGAGUCGCGGCCAACUCGUCCCGUCCCGUCGAGUCGACGGCACCCGCUCGUUUUAUCGUCUACCAUGGGGUCGUGCGGUUCGAGGCGGCGAGUUGGUCUUGGUUCAAGUUGGUCUACCGGGUGUUGCUGACGCUGUACGUGCUAUGGACGGUCUGGUCCAAGUACUACCGCCAUGUUCGCACGCUCUACGCGCAACUCGAGACGCUGGGCUUGAUGGGGGCGAGCGCAUGCACGCACUUUUGCAUCCUCGUCGGCGACCCCACCGCCCUCGUCGUGUCCAGCCCAGUUGUGGCGGCUGUGAUGGUGUUUGACAUUUGGAUCAACCCAGUGUUUUUGUCGAUGGCCGCGAUGCGCGUGGGGCAGUUCACCGACCCGUAUAUGUUUUUAUGGGGCUGGAUGUACUCGUCUCGAAACAUGUGGUGCGCCUUCCUCGCGAUGCAACUCCUGACCCGCCUCAUCAAGCGAUGGAAAGUCGAGGCCAAGUUUUGUCCGGUGGAUCCUGUUGUCCUGACGAUUGCCGCGUACUGCUAUGGCGGUCCUGUCGUGACCAUGUGCGCGACGACGCCCGCCAUGGUCAUGUUUCACUUGAACUGGGGCCAUUUCGUCCCGGCGGCGGAAAAGUUUGAAGCGAUCGAGUGCCUUGUGGGACUCAUUGUGGUGUCGUCCCUGAUGUCGUCGUUGCCGAUUCUGUAUUCCGCGACACUGGCGCAUCGCCGACGGACGGCACGAGGCCCAGCACUGCUUGCGGCAUCGUCGUCCACCCGCGUCAUGCAGAAUCGACACGCAGACGACAGUGUCUUUAGCCACAUAGCUUUCAACGACCUCAAGUUGAAAGUGUUGUACUCGUGGACAUUGCCACCGGUCAUACGGAAUGCCACCCGACGACCCGUUGCGACUGGCGACGCCAACACGUCGGUCGUGUAUCGUCGGCGAGGGGGGUCGCUCCAUCGACUCGUUCACGACAAUGCGAGGUACCACGCCGCACCGCUGUUCAGUCUCUUGGCCAUCGACGUGUUCGUGCUCUGUGUUCCAGAGUCGUCGGACGAUGGUUCCGAUUUCACUGCGCCGUCCGAUACGCCCCCUCAACAACACUUUCGCUUGAGCUUGUUGUCGACGCUGGACUUGCAGCCGUCUGACUCUGACAUUGCCAUCACGGUGUGCCGCAAAGACCAUCGGAAAAGCAUCAACACCCUCGGGGAUGUCGACGAUUGCUCCGCGACUCAAGUCGCGACAACAUUGCACUGCCUCCACCCAGGAACGUCGCCGUGGCUCCUGUGAUAUGGUUUCGGCUGAAAACCUGCACAAGGCAGCAAACGCAAACGUAAAGGCGCGACUUGGUCGUGGUGGUGGACUCCAACAUGAACAGCCAGGGCCUGGCAGCUGAGUUCGCACGUCGCAAGAGGCCACCAACCUACGCCCAAACCGAGCUCAUACCAGCCAGCCAUCGUGGCGCGAUUGAAUUGCGACGGAUUGACUUGGGGUGUCGAUGGCGGCGCAAUGUCGAACAGUGGAAUCCCCCGAGCUGUGGCGAACUCGCGCCAACAAACAUGAACGCGUGUACACCAUGACGUUCUCCACACACUGAGCACAGAGAAGCAUGGGGUCUCUCUGCAUGCAUGGCGCACAAGGCCAUCAUCUCCUUGACACCUCUGGGUGAUAAUCGACAGACAUGUAUGCAUUCAG